AAAUGGGUUGUUGUUGUGGGAAGAACUGUACAAAACAAAAACCAGAUUUAAAAAUUGAAUAAAAAGCAUAACCAGAAGUCUAACCAUAAGAAAAUAAUAAUUAAUAGGAAUAUUUAGAACCACCAAAAGAACAAAAUAAUCCAAUAAUUCCUGAUGAAACUCCUAAAUAGAAAGGAUAAUAACCUUCAUCACUUCAAGAAAUUAAGGUAGAAGUUAAAAUUGAAAUUCCAGAAGUUAAAAAUGAAAUUCCAGAAGUUAAAAAUGAAAUUCCAGAAGUUAAAAAUGAAACUCCAAAAGUUAAAAAUAAAAUUCCAGAAGUUGAAACAUAAUUAGAUUAAGAUUUAUUAUACUUUGAAGAAGCAUUAAAUAGUAUUCGUGAUAAAAAUAAUAAUUUUAAUUAACAUAAAGUUUCAAUUGAAGAACAAUUAAAUAAAAUGUUUUCUAAAGAAUAAGAUGAAAAAGAAUUAAAAGACUAAUCAUAAAAUAAUGAUUUUAAAGGACCUAAGAUAGUAAAUAGAAAUAUUUGCGAUAUAUAAAAUAAAUAUGAUUUCUCCUAAAUAAAUGAAUUUACAGAAUAUAAACGCCCAAUAACUUUAGUGAGAUUAAUUUAGAAAUAAAAAUCACCUAUUUGCACUUUUAUUGGUAAAAUAGAUCAAAAAUACUGUUGUGUUAAAUUAAUACCUAUGGCAAAGUUAGUUCAUAUUAUGUAAUGGAUUGAAAGUGUUAAAAAAGCAUAGAGUAAAGAAAAUUUAGAUAAAGAGGUAUUUUUAGGUGAAUGCUGUUAAAAAUACAAUUAUUAUAAGAUUGAAGUAUUAAAUAAUGAGCCAGAAUAUUGUAAUUGUUAUAUUAUUAGUAAUCUGGAGUAAUAUAAUGCUUACACUUUUAGGUAUUUUAAUUGAUUUUUAUUUAUAGUCAUCAUCCAUCGAUAAAAUUAACAGAAAAAUUAUCUGUUGCUUACUAUGUUAUCUAAAUAAUCUAAGUUGUAUUAAAAAAUAAAACAGAUUAAGAUGAAUAAAAUUAAUAACCUUCUAAAUUAAGUAAAUAAAUUUUUAAAAAGAUGUUUACUGUGAAAAGAAACAAUAUAUUGAUUUCAAGAUAAUAAGAAAGAUUUAACAUCUUAUUAUCUGAUUGGUAAUUAUUGCUUCCUGAAUUUGAAGAUAUAAUUUCUAAUAAAAAAAUACAAAAUGAAGAUAAACUUUAUGAAGGAAUUGAAAAAAACAUACAUGAAAUAAAUGAUUUAAGUAGUAGAAAUCUAGGUGCUUAAGUUUAAUCGCAAUCGAAUUCAGGAAUAGUGAGUAACCCAGAACUAACCAAAAAUAUCAAUGAAUUUGAGGAAUUUACUAAAAGAGUUUUGAAGUUAUUGUUUUUUAGAGUUAAUUUUGAGUAAUUCUCUUUAUUUAUUAUUAGACUACUAUUUGAUGUUGAGUUAUAUGGAUUUAUUAAUGAAGCUAAGUUUGAAAAUAUUUGUGAUUAAAAAAUAAACAUAAUUGAGAAUUAAGAAAGAAGUGAUAAAGAAAUUUUAACAAAAAUAAUAUAAAGUUACUCUUAAAAAGAUGAAAAUGAGUAUAAUAAACAAAUCUUAAAAACGACAAACAAGUUGUUAACAAAUAAAUCAUAAUUAAUUUAUAAAGAAUUUCAGCUCAAUAAUUCACAUAAUUGUCCUAAAAUAUAUUGGAUUUAUUUAAUGCUUAAAGAUUUAAGACCUGAGGCAAUAAGAAGUGGUUUAUAAGAUUUAGAAAAAAAGUCCGAAGAUUGACUAUUAAAAAUUUAAUCAACC